CUCUCAAAACAACAACAAAAAAGGAUUUGAUACAGGAAACAUAUGUUUACAAUCUGGCUAGAUGGUAAGAGACCAAAAAAUAAAAAAUAAAAACUCCAACAUCAUCCAAGAAGUGUCUGAAAACAAUGCAUGAUUCAAUGUUAAAUGGCUGGGCGCUGUUGAGUGACAGUCAUGAAGAAGAUAAAUUGCUGUGAGCUGAAGCUAUCAGGGACAUCUUCCUGAAGGAUGAAAGACCAACAUGGCACCUUGAAGAACAGACGGAAGAAAGGGAGACGCCUCACUGCUGUAGCAGGGGAUUUCUGUUACUCACAGAUAAAGGCUAACGGAAAAACGUGGACCAUGCUUGUUGUCCUGGCCACACUGCAGUAGAUGUUGCCACCUCUUCCCACGAGAGGAGACGUGAGUGGGCGUGGUCUAAGGGAGAGCCGCUGAGUGUUUCCAGAGAAAGGCCCUCAGGAUAGGAUGAUGAACAGAGAAUCCACAUGAGGCAAUGUUGGCGCAUCCCAGUGUGGGGACAAGUGUUAGACACUCCAGAGUUUCAGAGCAUUGACUUACUGAAUCCAUUCUACCCCUUGAAGGGGUGUCUAGAACCUACUCAGUGAAGCAUUGAGCUACAUCUUGGCCAGAUCCUGGUCUCUCAUGUGGACACCUAUUUGCCUGCCAUAUUGGCUUCUCUAUUCUAAAAGACCUUUUCCCAGAGGGAGUGAAAAUGUAUGUAUUUUUCUGGAGCUUUGUUGAUUCACAGCUGCUCCUUGAUGCCAUUAGGCCUGAUAAAUGCCAUGGAUUCUUCUAAGAAAUCAGAACCCUUGGCCAUCAGCAUGAAUUGUAUUCCUGGGGAUGAAUUUGCUCUAGAACAAGCAUUUAGUUUUGCUGGAAGUUAUUCCUGCCCUUUCUAGGCCUAAUCAUACGAGAAGGUGUGAAUUUUUCCUUUUGGAUAAGAGGAAAAGCAAUAACAAAAGGAACCUAACCCAAGCCCAGAACAAAUCAGCUCCAAGCAAAAGGAAUUUUACCAAUGCAUGGGACUCUGCCAACACUUCCAACAGUGAUGGGAAGUCAAUUGAUUAACUCAGCUAGUAAAUAUUCUACAUUGCAAUAGAUUCUGUCCUGGGGAUACAGAGGUGAACAAAAGCAGCAUGGUACCUGCCCUCCUGAAAUUUACAGGUGGUGAAGGAAAGGCAAGUCAGCAGUUUGGCAAUCAACAGAUGUUUUUGCUUAUGUGUGCUAUUAUCCUAAAGAGCCCCGGUCUGAGCUUUGGAUGAGGUUCAGCUGCUGCAACGUGCUAGCUGGGUGAUUGAAUUCUUCUGAGAUAAAUUUUUAAACGAUAAAAUGUGGCCAAAGCACGGGAAAAGCAAAGAGCCCCAUAGUUUAAUAUAACUGAGCAGCACAGGCUAGAUUUAAAGCGUCUUGGAAGAAAGGGUCCCUGCAUUUGAAGAACUUUGAUUAUACUCUUCAAGCUAAAGCCGUGCAUCUUAUACUGCCUUGAUGAGCAAAGAACUUUCCUUUCCACCUGUUCAGAUUUGACAGCACCACGCCACAUGAUUUAGCCUGGACUUAGCAAACACCCACCGAUGACCGAGCUGCCGUAACCAUGGAGUGCUCGUCAGCAUUGCCCCUCGCGUUCGUCUUUGUCUAGGCAGGAUUCUCCUUGACUCUGAUUGGAAUCGCAGCUGUUUCGACUCAGGUUGGAGGUGCGUGGACGCCGGCUCAGUGCCUGCCUCCCCUGGGUCAGCGUGAGCUCCUACUACCGUUUCAUUCCACAGGCAACACAACUCUCAGUUUAAAAGGAAAAGAGGGAGAGACAUAAUUGAACAUAGCAGUCCUCGGUGCUUGCUGAAAUGCUAAAUGAGGGGCCUAUGUUUUUAAGAGCACUUUCUAGGGGAAACUCUGAAAUUGCAAGCUGCAGCCCUUUCUCUCUUCAUGCUCUGUUUGGCUGAUUUCCAAAGCAUUGAGGCCAGCAACUGAAGGACUGAAAUGUAAUCGGUGGUGAUACGUUUGUGCCACAUGAAACAUUCUCUGCCUCCAAAGGCGCCAGAGGCUGUGGGAAGCAGCACAUCAGUGACAGCUCCUGGCUGCUGGACUCCGCAGGGAGGGAAGGAAGAUUGGUCGCAAUGUCCCAGCAGAAGUGCAUCGUGAUCUUUGCCCUGGUGUGCUGCUUUGCCAUUCUAGUUGCACUGAUCUUUUCAGCUGUGGACAUCAUGGGAGAGGAUGAGGAUGGACUCUCAGAAAAAAAUUGCCAAAAUAAAUGUCGAAUUGCCCUGGUGGAAAAUAUUCCUGAAGGCCUUAACUAUUCAGAAAAUGCACCAUUUCACUUAUCACUUUUCCAAGGCUGGAUGAAUUUACUCAACAUGGCCAAAAAGUCUGUUGACAUAGUGUCUUCCCAUUGGGAUCUCAACCACACUCAUCCAUCAGCAUGUCAGGGUCAACGUCUUUUUGAAAAGUUGCUCCAACUGACUUCACAAAAUAUUGAAAUCAAGCUAGUGAGUGAUGUAACAGCUGAUUCAAAGGUAUUAGAAGCCUUGAAAUUAAAGGGAGCCGAGGUGACGUACAUGAACAUGACCGCUUACAACAAAGGCCGGCUGCAGUCCUCCUUCUGGAUCGUGGACAAACAACAUGUAUAUAUCGGCAGUGCAGGUUUGGACUGGCAAUCCCUGGGACAGAUGAAAGAACUCGGUGUCAUCUUCUACAACUGCAGCUGCCUGGUCCUCGAUUUACAAAGGAUAUUUGCUCUAUAUAGCUCAUUAAAAUUCAAAAGCAGAGUGCCUCAAACCUGGUCCAAAAGACUCUAUGGAGUCUAUGACAAUGAAAAGAAACUGCAACUUCAGUUGAAUGAAACGAAAUCUCAAGCAUUCGUGUCGAAUUCUCCAAAACUCUUUUGCCCUAAAAACAGAAGUUUUGACAUAGAUGCCAUCUACAGUGUGAUAGAUGACGCCAAGCAGUAUGUGUACAUUGCUGUCAUGGACUACCUGCCUAUCUCCAGCACAAGCACCAAAAGGACUUACUGGCCAGACUUGGAUGGAAAAAUAAGAGAAGCAUUAGUUUUACGAAGUGUUAGAGUUCGACUCCUUAUAAGCUUCUGGAAGGAAACGGAUCCCCUUACAUUUAACUUUAUUUCAUCUCUUAAAGCGAUUUGCACUGAAAUAGCCAACUGCAGUUUGAAAGUUAAAUUUUUUGAUCUGGAAAGAGAAAAUGCUUGUGCCACAAAAGAACAAAAGAACCACACCUUUCCUAGGUUAAAUCGCAACAAGUACAUGGUGACAGAUGGAGCAGCUUAUAUUGGAAAUUUUGACUGGGUAGGGAAUGAUUUCACCCAGAAUGCUGGCACGGGCCUUGUUAUCAACCAGGCAGAUGUGAGGAACAACAGAAGCAUCAUUAAGCAACUUAAAGACGUGUUUGAAAGGGAUUGGUAUUCACCAUACGCCAAAACCUUACAGCCAACCAAGCAGCCGAACUGCUCCAGCCUGCUCAAACUCAAAGCUCCCUCCAACAAAACUGCCACAGACAAUGCAGGAGGGAAGGAGGCCUGGAGCGUAUAACGGGAAGGAACAAACUGAUGGGGCAGGUCGGCAUUUCUUAUUUAUACAUAAAGGACUUGAGGAGAGAAAACACUUUAAUAUGUCUUUUUUUUUUAGGGAAAAAGCACACUUAUAAAAAUAUUCUCUGAAUGACACACAAUACCUAUCUAACACUGUCUUAGCGUCGUGUACACUAAAAUUAAGACUUUUGUAUGUAUUACCUCUGACAGAGAAUGUCAUUCUGGCGUAGAAGUUAGUUUUUACGUUUGCAUACCAAUUUUAAGACUUUGAUUCCUGUUCCUUUCUAGUUUUAGAACUUUUUCUGCUGACCCACCUGGUCAGUUGCUAGGAAGCUUAGCAUGAGGUGAGCUCUUUAACACCAUUCUGAGAACUGCUGAUUUAGAGAGGAAGAUGAGGAUUUUGCCUUGGGGAAGAGAUUGAUAAAACCAAGUGUUUAUCCUUGCAAAUCAUCUCCAAGACCUAUGCAGUCAGCUAAGCACGAACAGCUUAUAUCUCAUGCCAGCCUUCAACGCCCUUGAAAAAGAUCCUUUUCGGCCUUCCUUUCUUCUUACACCAUAGGUUGUAUUUGAUAUCAUUUUCUCUUCCCACAAAAUGUUCCUAUUAUACAGCAUUUCUGUAUUCACCUCAACAUUACUUCUAACUCUGAUAAUAUCUUUUGAAAACAUACGAAUUUCUCAGAACGGACACCAAGUGGAGAUAGCAGUCUUUCAUUUUCACCUUUCAACCGCAUCUCUUUUUCCCUACCCAAUUGGUAUUUUAAAAGAACCACAGUCAGCAAUAUGUAUCCUUUCUCUCGAGCUCAGAAAAAUUAUGUAGCCACCUGCUAAUAUCCAGCAAGUUAUCAAGUCUGCAUUUUGAGAAUAAAGUAGUUUUUCACAUUCUUGUUUAGUUUAUGGUAUUAUAAAGGAAUGAUCUCUAUGCGCCAGUGGAUUUUAAUUUCCUUAGAAUCAUUAUGCUGUUGAGAGUAUGCCAGCAAACAUUUAUAGAGCUAUUUAAUAUACCUGCUAUUUAAUAUACCAAAUGCUUUUCAGAGAAAUGCAAUUUAAAUAACUGUGCUUAACAUAUUUUACUAAGAAACAGAAAUAUUGAAUUAUUGUUCUAUAA